UGUUGGGUUGAUGGGUUGUCACUGGUUACCCCAGCCACAAAGUUGGCUAUGAAGGUCGUCGUAAAAUGUAUGGGGGAAAAAUUCGCCCUCAUUUAAGGUUAGGGUUGGAUAUAAUGUUAGCAGUGUGCUUAAGGUUAGGUUUAAAAUCAGAUUUUAAGAAGAUCAUUUGUAGAAAUAGGCGAGUUUAGCCAUAAUUCUGACUUUGUGGCUGUGGUAACUAGUGAACACCGGGUUGAUGAUCUCGAGGGAGAGUCCUAACAAAGAACAGAAGGGACUCCACAAUGGGAGACAGCUUCCAUGACCAGCUGCUGGAGGACAGUCGGUUCCUUAGAGCAGACCGUCGCCUGGACACAGAACUAGUGGAUAAGCUCAUCCUGCAGCUCAACAGGAUCUAUCCACAGAUCCUCACAGACAAGGAGGCCACCAAAUUUAGGGACCUUGAUGUGCCCACCUGCGUCCGACUGGCCGAGCUCCUGGCUCACCUGCAGGGGAAAGGUGAAGAGGCCUGCCGGGAGUUCUACCGGGCACUUCACCUGCAUGUGGAAGAUGUGUACUUCAGCCUACCCACACGUCUCCGCCUCAGAGAUUCUAUAGACCCGUUCACGACUGCAGCCUCACCCACUCAGCAGAGAUAUGUACUAAACGACAGAGGUCAAAUGUUCUUCCUGAGUUGUUUCAGUGUUGCAGUUGGGGUGGCUCUACUACAUUACUAUGACAAGGCCAAAGUAACAAGGGGCAGCAGGGCUCUUGGCAUGGCUGCUCUUGGAUUGGGUCGACGAGCCCGAGAGGUUCUCAUAUGGUACACUGAAGACCCCAUCAGGAAGUAGUGGGUGUGUCUCCAACACCACCAGCACAUCAGAACACACACUCCAAAGUUGCUUCCGGACAUCCACACUACACUACACCCUUUUCACACUACCGUGCCAGCCUGAACCAAACUGCUAGUUACAGCAACUACGGUUAGUACAGCUUGGUUGGGCUCUAUUCGAUUCGUCUUAGUAGUAUGAAAAGCCCUUAAGUCAUUGUUUUUUUACAACUCUGUAAAUACUAUAUAUAUAUAUAUAUAUUUAGGGAUCUUACUUUCUCUGACAAUUUUUCAUACAGCUCUGUUUUUUAUGGACUUUCAUUGUCCUAAUAAUGGUUAGUUAUAGACAUGCCUCUUCUCUGGUGAAAGCAACUAUUAUUACUCUAAACUUAAGCCUCUGUUACUGAAUAGCAUUAGAGAUCCUGUCUGCAUUCAGCUUCAUUUGUGUGGUGUGGACACAGUAGACAUGUAGGGGUUUGUACAGAAUACCUAGAGACCAGACUCACUUUAAAUACGGAACCUUUUCCAGGGUAUGUGUUGUACUGCUCAGUAUACUCAGGGGAUUGACAUUAGAAAACAUCAAUUUUAUUUGGCGUGUUUGUAAGAUGAGAUGUUUAAUUUGCUUAUUCAAGAAAAAAACAACCAAGCACUACAUUUAUUGCAAUUUGUUUUGUGAUAAUGUCUCUGUUGUCAGGGGGAUUAUGAGAAACAUGAAUGUAAUAACAAUGUUAUAACAUGUUGUGCCCAGUGUUUGGCUUGGGUUAAAUGUCUACCACAUAAUGUCUUUACAUUAGAUGAAUCCAGGUCCACUAUGUUUCUAUACCUAGGCACGGUUUAAUGAAUGUGUGAUCUAGCUAUAUCAGAGAAUAUGUUCUGCAUUUUUAUUUUGGUGUGAGGCUCCUUACCUCUGGUUCAUCAACAAAACAAUGGCGGUGUGGCGGACAGAGUCGCUGUUUCCCCUAUUGCGGACUCCAUCUUUAAAUCUUUUUUGAGUGAAAAUAGUACUUAGUCACUGUUUUUGAAAGUGUUAUUUUUUAUUAUUAUGGCCACUAAAAGCCAAUACAAAUGAACACAUUUCAGGUCUCAACCGUGUCUUUUCACCUCAGAAUCUAUUUCUCUCUCACUUUUCUCAAAUGUUAAGCAUUUCCAAAGCCUUCUCUAACCAACAUGUGUCUUAUGUUUUCUCUUACACAUGCAUGAAGCCUUUGCUCACUAACUUGCUGUAAUUUAUGUUUAGUUUGUUAAGGUCAAUAUUGUUAAUGGGGGAAGUAGAUUAUAACGGUUAUUCUGUUUUAUAGUAGGGAACAUCAUGUUAAAUACACAUGUAACCUACCAGAUAUAAACAAUGUGGUGUAUCACAGCUCUAUCUACUCUUUUUAUGUCUAAAAGUGGAAGUUAGGAUUCUCCCCACAGACUCUAACUGUCUUAGUCUCUCAAGUGCCAUCAUUAGCCUUUCCAUGCAUGGACAAUAAAAAAACUAUCUGAACAAA